UUAAGGUUUAGGGUUUUCAUCAAGGAAGCGCCCCCAUUUUCAUCGUCAUGGACCGGCCGGAGCCGGAAAAACCCGACGUCCUUCCUUCUACAGCUUUGGCAUAUCUUGAUCGGAACUACUGGGAUAAGAGGUUCGCUCAAGAGGAACACUACGAAUGGUUCAAAGAUUACUCCCAUUUCCGUCACAUUGUUCUUCAACACAUUAAACCUCAAUCUUCUGUUUUGGAGCUAGGAUGUGGAAAUUCUCAGUUGUGUGAAGAAUUAUAUAGAGAUGGCAUUACUGAAUUGACCUGCAUUGAUUUGUCUCCCAUUGCAGUGGAGAAGAUGAAACAAAGAUUGAUAAACAAGGGAUACAAAGAAAUAAAAGUGCUGGAAGCUGAUAUGCUAGACCUGCCUUUUGAAGAUGGAUGUUUUGAUGUGGUUAUAGAGAAAGGAACAAUGGAUGUGUUGUUCGUGGACAGUGGUGACCCCUGGAAUCCACACCCUGCAACAGUGGAGAAGGUGAUGAAAAUGCUUCAUGAAAUUCACAGAGUUCUGAAACCUGAGGGCAUAUUUAUAUCUAUCACAUUUGGCCAGCCACACUUCAGGCGCCGGUUCUUUAGUGAUCCUGAGUUUACCUGGUCUAUUGAGUGGAACACUUUCGGAGAAACAUUCCACUAUUUCUUCUACGUCUUGAAAAAGGGACAAAGAUCAUCAGAGAGCGAGGAGUGCAGGGAGAAAACUCAUAUGCCAUCAAUAUCUCUAUACCAUGACGAAUUAGAGGGUGAAGACUUUUUAUUCAGAACCAACAUUGAUGAGAUGGAAAGCUAGAAGUGAAAUGUAAAUUGCGAUUCGCCACCCAUUGCUUUAUGUCUUUGUUUU